AUUUCUUUUUUCCAUUGGAGCAGGCAAAACCACAAGAUCAGUGGGCAAAACAGUGGACAGCCCUGCGGCCCUGCCAUGCUCUGCCUAAGCUCUAUUUUUAUUAUUGUCAAUAAUAAUAAUAAUAAUAAUAAUAUUUAUUUUGGUUCAGGAGAACCGCGGUUUGAGGUUUGAGGUUCAGGAGAACAAGUUUGAGGUUAUCUCAACUGUUGCGCACGGGAGCCCCUUUUUUUAUUGUGACCAAGGAGAUUGUGGCAGAUAAUAAUAAUAAUCUUUAUUGGCUCAGAAGAGCCAGUAAAGAUGAAUAUAAGUAACAGGCGACAGAGAGCAGUUUAACCAGCCACUGUAGUUUGUUUGACAGAGUGAGCCGUAGUCAAGAUUUACCAUGUUUCGAAUUGUGUUGACACUCAAAGAACUCGGCAGUACCUUCGGCCGUUCAAACCGUUUGGCAAAGCUCGUACGGGUGUGCACCGUUUGCACCAAAGGAAGUCACGGGAAAACCUCUAACCGCAGCUAUGGCACGCAGGGCCUUAGGAACGGCAGCAGUUUACUGUGGUCCAAACAGCGGGAAAAAGAGAUACCGCGACGGGUGUACAGUACAGAUAGCCUUCCCAACUAUCGGAAGGUCUUGCUUCCUGCGCUGUCGCCAACGAUGGAGACGGGGACGGUCAUCUCCUGGGAGAAGAAAGAAGGGGACAAGCUGAACAAGGGCGACCUCCUGUGCGAAAUUGAAACCGACAAGUCAGUGAUGAGCCUCGAGAGCCCCGAAGAGGGCUACCUGGCCAAGAUCGUCGUCCCGGCCGACACCAAGGACGUACACCUUGGCAGGGUCCUCUGCAUUCUUGUCUACAGUGAGGCAGACAUUGCUGCCUUCGGAGACUUUGAGGGCGACAGAACUACAGUUCCUGCUGGUCAGCCCAAGGCUGCGGUUUCGGCUUCGACUCCGGCUAGCACCCAGAUGAAUUACAUAGACAUCCCUCGGACGAGCAUGCGCCAGACAAUCGCAAAAUGGCUUCUCUUGUCAAAGCAGACAGUACCCCACUUCUACCUUACAGUGGACAUUGAAAUGAACGCCGUCAUAAAGCUUCGUGAGGAGUUAAACCAAACGAUGCAGAAGGACAAGAUCAAGAUCUCGGUGAACGACUUUGUGAUCAAGGCCACUGCCCUGGCGUGCAAGAAGGUGCCGCAGACAAACUCCUCGUGGCAGGGAACUUUCAUCCGACAGUACGAGUCGGUCAAUGUAGACAUGGCCGUGAGUGUGCCUGGCGGUCUCGUUGCUCCGACCGUGUUUGGAGCGGAGAAAAAGGGGCUCGCGAGCAUCAGUGAGGAGACGAAAAGUUUGGCUUCAAAAGCACGAGACAAGAAAUUACAGCCGCACGAAUUUCAGGGCGGAACAAUAACCGUAACCAACCUUGGAAUGCUUGGUAUCGAGAACUUCUCUGCAAUCAUCAACCCUCAUCAGGUUUGCACCCUGGCCGUCGGCUGCACACGAGACGUUUUGGUUCCAGGCGAAGACAGCUCCACGAGGUAUCGGACAGCGAAGAUGAUGUCGGUGACAUUGAGCUGCGACCACCGCGUUGUGGAUGGGGCAGUAGGAGCACAAUGGCUGCAGCACUUCAAGCAACUGCUGGAGAGGCCAGAUCUCAUACUGCUCUGAGGACUGCCCCAUCAUGCUCACCACUUGUAAUUUAUGUUAGAUAGCAUCUGCUAACUCAUGUUAGUCAGCAUACGAGUUACCAGACAUCUAAAAAGCGAACAAAAAGCCUUGAGUAGCGAAGUUAGUAUCACGAUGCAUGGUGUUAGACAAAUCAGAAAUUCAUAGUUUUGAUCGGGCGUGAUUCAGUCUGCAGAUGGGAAGCCUGGUUUAGGGCCCCAGUCAGUUUAUGUGACAUGACAUCUAGGUGUUGUAGUGAGGGUGAUUACACAUAUUUUGUGCUACCGAAUGUUAUCAUCGAUGGUACUAUAUGUGGCAAACCGAAUGUCGCAAGUGGCAGCUUUGUCAUGAGAAAUUCUAGUCACCCUCCUUGUACUGGGCAUUGUUAUGGGGCUUAUGGGGAGUAGCCACAGGCCACAAUGGUUGUGUGUGUUGCUGUUGACAGCGAGAUUUCUAGAUUCAUUUUGUAUGCAAUCAAAGCCUUCUUGGGCUCGUGCUGACGAGCAGAUAUAUGAAUUACCUUCUAUUGUAAGAUAUGGGAAAUGACCCAACAUUUUGGUAUUCACACAUUCCAAGGCAGCAAGGUAACUCUGCUAGUAUUGGCAGGGGCGGAUUGAUGAUUAGGGCUUGGGGGGUCGGUGGGGAUUUUUUUAAUGUUUUUCAGUCGUGCGGGCUACUCAUUGUUAGGAUAUCAGAAACGGAAGCCAGUAAUCGUGUUUUAAAUUUUGUUACAGCCUAAAAGCGUCCACCGAAGUUUUAUUAGUUUCUCAUUGUAUUUUAUAAUCCCACACUUGCUGCUUCACUUCAGCGUUUAAAAGUUUUACACUAUAAGUAGUAAAAAAAAAAAAAAGUAGGAGAACAUUCUGUGGCAAUUUUCUAAUCAGUAUAUGCCAUAGUUUCCCUAUACAUGUAUAUUGUCAGCAUACUUGUGCAGGGUUCUAUAUUUUACAUCUAAACAGUGACUAUCCCCAUUUAAAAGCACAGGCAAUUGAAUCAUGCAGUGUGACGAAGUUUUUGUAAAGACUCAAUCAAAUAACAACAGAUCAGGUUAGACAAAAAACACCACUAAGAUCGGAGGAGAAAAGAUUUAUUUGCAUGACAAAUGCCUCGCCUCAUACGCGAGCGAUGUGCAGAAAAUGCUUAGGUAGAAUAAGGUGUCGAAAGAGCAGCGUCGUUUAACAGCGCCUAAACUGCAACUUACCAUCGUAACAGCUGUAGAACUUUCCUCCCGGUCACUUCAUCUGACAAAGGCUCACUUUGUAUUUGGAGGUCAACAGCACUUCCCCGGUACCCAAAUCACUCUCUUGCCGAGGAGUAGACGUGUGAACGGCUAAUAAACAGCAGGUGGAAUGCGCCAUUAAAAGCUGCAGCAUGCACAUCACCAGGUGCUUGAAGUCAAGCGUCAGCGAAAAACCGGCCAACCCGCGACGGAGGAGUACAGAUGAAUGGGGGCGAAACUGCAAACAAGGUUUCGCUCCUCUCUCUACCUUUGGUUUCUUUCGCAGAUCUUGAAGCUGCAGUAUUCUUGGCACCCUGAGCCGCCUAACUCCCCCUCACAGGUAGCCCGAUGGACCAUUCCUAACUUGUAAAACGUGAGCACUCGCGUUUCCGAGGUACCCUUGCUCAGGCCCGACGCCAGGCUCAGAACUCGCCACACGCAUGGCGCGGGCCGUGUUCGCCUCCCCUCUACCCCCUUAGCUGAGUGUUGGGGUCAUGGUGGACUUUUCCCGCCUCUCUUCGCCUUUCAACCUCCUAAGCGCAAAGAGAAAGUUUUACACAGUAGCAGGCGCUCGAUCACACAAAGCUUCGGGAAGAGCCUUUUCUUUUCAAGUGUACAAACAAACAGUUGCAGAGUGUUUUUUGGAAGAAGAGAAGAAACUAUCUGGAAAAUAAACAAGUUGAAAUACGGCAGUGCCACUCGUUCAGGGAGCAGAAUAGUGAACAGGCAAUGUCCCUUUUCCAUCCCCAUGCCAACCCUAAACGGAACAAUUACAAAAACAUGGGAGUCAAGUGAACAGCGUGUCUGGAAGAUGCCGAACGAUUAGGUGGCCAUAAACAACCUCCAUCUGUAAACGGACACGCCGCGUGGAGAUGUGUUGCAUCAGAGAGGCAAUGCGGAGAGCAAGUCAUCUGCUUCUUGUGACAUCAUUGAAAGCCUUUGAACUGCCUUUUACACUUGUUUUUACGUCAAAUAAAUAUAUUUUU